AUGGGACCGAUCUCUAUCGAUAUGGAGCCCAAUAAGACCCAUAACAGAAGACGAAGCCAGUUCUCAUUCUCUUCACCUUUCCGUCGAAGAUUAAGUUUCAUAUCGCCCGCGGGUCAGCUUCCGACGUGCGAAGAAAAAAUCCACUAUCCGAUUUUUGAUGCCUCAGACCCUCGUCAUUCGUUCAGUCCGCCUGAAUCAUCGCGCAGACAGGAAAACUUUUCAUCAUCAUCAGAGUCUCAGAAGCAGCCGAACUGGGUUCAACAGCUGCCUCGUCGAUCAAUCCAUAAGGCACGAUCGGGUUUGCUAGCCAUCGCAGCAGGUUGGAGUCGUCGGUCAGGUGGAACCCGUGAUAGCGAAUAUUAUGAAGAUACACCUUCAGCCUUGCCGAAUUUUGCACAGAUUGGAUCUUCUACUCACCAUCCGGAGCUCUCAACUGCUAGCACACAGGAAGAGGAUGCCAUGGGUGUUGAUCUGCACCGAACCAAGUCCUCUGUAGCUUGGGAAUCCGCACAUGAACCCAGCAUUGACACGUUGAUGAAAGUUACUUCUAUGCAUCCAUUAACACUUGUUUCAUCUGCACCACAAGUGUUGGAGUCCUCCAGUGAUCUGAGAUCAGAGGGUUCUCCGAGGGGGGCCAGGCCUAUGAGCCGUCAACCUUCAUACACUGUUGUUGACCACACUACACUCAUCUCUGAUAUUCAAAGUGUUCCCAUGCUUGCUCAAAAUCCCUUUCCCUGUCUACAGACUAACCACUGGGGCACCGAUGGCUCUUCUGAUUCUGAACCUACCUGCUCUUUGGAAAACAAUCAUCGUGGACGGCCCAGGUACUUGCGUGGAAACACUCCAACUCGCUUGCGUCGUUCGAGUUGCGCAACUACCGGAACUUGGGAAGUAUUCUGUAGUAUAAAUGGUGGUGCAGAUCACCAGGACCUGGUGACUGAGAGUGAGGACAUAGCUUCGCCUGGCUCUGAAGCAUUUCUCAGCAGAGCUCUCCCGAUAUGCCUGAGAGCAGGAGUCAUUGUUGAUGGAGCAGAUAGUGACGUGAGCGAUAUUCACCUCAGCCAACAUGAAUCACAAGAGACAGGCCAUCUUCUAGAGUCCCUGGCCUCGGAUCUCAAUGUUCUUAGUAUUUCAGCCCCAAUUUCUCAUCGCUCCCGGUCAAAUACCACAGAUCACGAUGCCUUUAGCACCCAGGAGUGGUUGCAGCUACACAGCAGAGCAUCAAGCCAUGGUCCUGCUACAUCCUCCGUCGCCAGACCUAGAGAGAUCUCCACAUCCUCUGUUAAGGUCAAGAUUGCAUUUCCGGGAAUACACCGUGCCUUAAUGGAGCAGCAUGAUGAAGAUCAUCAAUGCGCCUGUGAAAAUUUGCUGAAUGAAUGCAGCAAGCCAGUCGGCGUUGAUAAUGAGCAUCGGUCCAAUGCUGCGCAGGUUUCACCCCCUCAAUUUCAAGAAUUCCAGGAUACCAUGACUUGUCAAGAGCUGAGAGUGGCUUUUGAGACUCGGGAAGUGGACCGAAUAAUUCCUAUUGGUCUUCAGGAGAGUGAUGAAUGCCACCGAUUUGGCAUUCAUAUGGAUCAUGAAACCUUGGGGGAGUUCGUGGCUCGACGAAACAUGAAAGCUCAAGCCCAACCUCCCGAUGAUAAUUAUCCCCCACAGUAUGAUGGCGGCAUUGACGACCGUCCAUCUGGCAAUGAAAACCACACAUUGGAGCGACACGAAUCUCCUGGAGAUGGAGCCAGAAAAGCGGACCAGGUUCAGUCACAGCAAAAUGCUACACAGGAGCCACCUGUCUGGAAAAAGGAUCCUGCACAACACGGAGAAUGCAUGAAAAACCACCUACUGAAGCGGGAUCACAGAUAUGGUCUACACGUGUCUUGUAACGAGGAGCAUGAAACUUUAGAAGAGUUCGUGGCAAAACGUAAAUUUUCCCCCCGUGAGAAACAUUAUAUGCCCCAAUAUGAUGGCUGCAUAAAUGACCGCUCAUCUGGGCGUGAAAUUCGCAAGUCUGAUCAUAAAUCACCUGGAGAUGAAGCCAAAGAAUUGGAGCGGUUUCAGUCACGACAAAGCAUGCAAGUGCAAACUUUUGCUGAAUAUGACGGAUGCAGCGACAAAUGUGGUCCCACAACCACCAUCCAGUCAGAAAUCUCGUCCCCUACAUUCACGAUCAAUAGUAUGUGGUCACCCAUCGACUCUUCGACUGAUGAAGAUGGGCGAUUCUCCAACUUUCAGGCUGAUGAGCUCUCCAUCCUUGGUCGAAAUACCGAUGCUCAGUACCCCAAGCAGGGACCUCAGCCUGCUAAGGUAAUCCAAUGUGGCGAACUGGAUGAUCUACUAGAAAUGUUGCUUGUUCAGAGCGUUCGAACCCAUCCUCGUCGCCGUCAUCCAUCGCAGGUUGAGGAGAGUGAGUCGAAAGAGGAUUUUUUCUCCUGUCAGUGGGAGUAA